UCGUCUUCGUCGCCUUCGUCGCAACUUAUCGCUCGGUCGGUUGGCUCGCAGGCGCCCCUCGCUCGCUCCGGCCGGGGUUUGGAAGCUCGUCUGAGAUGAAAUCGGAGAAUUGUGCUCCUGUGCUGCGCCCAGUGCGGGUGAAACAGAGUGGACAGGUGUGGGAUUCGGUGCAGAAAGCGGCAUUCGUAUUGGGGACCGGUCUGCUGGUGUUUGCCGCAGCGAGGAACACGAUCACAUGGCACCUGCAGCAGUUCUGGGGAGCGUCCGGUGAUUUCUGGCAGUCGCAAUGGGCUCUCUUCUACAAUGCCUACGAGGAGGAACCUUUCAAGAUCUUUGUCUUCUGCUCGAUGGUGGUCCCCACCGGAAUGUUCUGGCUCUUCAACGCCCUGCUGAUGUGCGUGGACGUGACCGGCUGGCCCGCGUUCUUCCUCCGCUACAAGAUCCAAGCCGAUAAGAAUGUGCCGGUUGACCCGGCAAAGCUGAGGAACGCCAUUUUCACGGUGCUGGCCAAUCAGCUGUUCAUCUCCUUCCCCAUGGUGCUGAUCGCGUACGUGAUCUCGCUGUGGCGCGGUGGCACUUGUGGGCCUGAGCUGCCCACGUUCCAUUGGGUGCUGCUCGAGCUGCUGGUGUUUGGCCUCAUCGAGGAGGUGAUGUUCUACUACUCGCACAGGCUCUUCCAUCACCCGGCGCUCUACAAGCGAUUCCACAAGCAGCACCACGAAUGGACGGCGCCCAUCGGCCUCGUGUCCCUCUACGCACACCCUCUCGAGCACUUUCUGUCCAACAUGCUGCCACCCGUGAUGGGCCCGGUGCUCAUGGGCUCGCAUGCCGCCACCAUCAUGCUGUGGUUCACCAUGGCACUGCUGUCGACGAGUGUGGCGCACUGCGGCUACCACCUGCCCCUGCUGCCCUCGCCCGAGUUCCAUGACUUCCACCACCUCAAGUUUAACCAGUGCUACGGCGUGCUGGGUGUGCUCGACCGGCUGCACGGCACCGACGCCGCGUUCCGCCGCACCAAGGCAUAUGAACGGCACAUCAUGCUGCUGGGCCUCACCCCUCUCAGCGAGAGCAUCCCUGACACUCCCAAGCUCGGCAAGGGGGAGUAACCCCCCACCCGCCAACCGCCCCCCCACCGACCGCCCCCCCCCC